AUCAUUCCCCGCGCACCUGUCAAAGACAGUCAACAAUAUGGCAUCGUAGUGGGACACUGCUGUCGUGCACACCGAUCGGCCGCACAUAUGUUAUUCGCGCCGAUGGAAGCCGCGGGUCUCGCUGGUGGAACGUUCAGUAACUCGUUCGGGGCGGCGACAUAGCCAGGUGAAAGUGCGUGCGUGCGUAUCCGCCACGCGCCGGUUUCUAACCUGACCAGGAACGAUGAUUCGCCGUCUUUCUUCGCUGCUGUGCGUGUCCGACGACGCGAUGUAACGUGCGCGCACAUUCUCGCCGUAUCGUAAAUAAAUUAUAUAAGUUGGAAAGUAAAAAACGCGGCGUGUCGAUAUGGCGUGUCCGGUGAAGCAGCUCAGAAUUUACUUCGUCACGUGGAACGUGGCCACAAAGUUCCCGAGUCUCCAGCAGGAUCUUCACCAGCUCCUGGGCAUCACACCCUACGCAGAGCCAGAGCAUUGGCCAGACUUAUACUUUAUAGGGUUACAAGAAGUUAAGUCUCAGCCUCAGAAUAUAGUAUUGGACUAUAUAUUAUUCGAAGAUCCCUGGACUAAAGCAUUUAGAGAUAUACUGAAGAAAUAUGACUAUGUCAAGAUACGUUCCCAGCGGUUACAAGGUCUCGUUCUAAACGCUUUCUGUCUGAGGAAACAUUUAACGCAUUUAAGAUCCAUAGAAGCUCAAUAUACCAGAACAGGUUUCGGCGGCAUGUGGGGAAACAAAGGUGCUGUGAGUAUAAGAAUGGCUGCGUACGGUGUCAGCGUUUGCAUUGUGAAUACACACUUAACUCCCCAUGACCACUUAUUAGCUGACAGGAUCUCAGAUUACAACACCAUCGUGACUGACCACACUUUUACUGUUUCGUGUACAACGAGGAUAUUAUAUCACGAUUAUAUAUUUUGGAUCGGUGACUUAAACUUUCGACUCAACGGAGAAGACUUAACUGCCGUCGAUAUAGACUCGAUGGUAAAGCAGAAGCAACUCGAGAAACUCCUCGAGAGGGAUCAGCUGAGGAUGGUAAUGCGAGACGGUCAAGCUUUCGCCGAGCUCACCGAGAAUGUUGUCACAUUCCCGCCUACUUACAAAUACGAAUUCGAGUCUCAGGCGUUUGAUCUCAAGCGUAGACCAUCCUGGACCGAUAGAAUCUUAUACAAAGUUAAUGCAGUGGACAUCUACGACGAUAUACAGCUUCAUACAGUGCAGCAUACUUACAAGAGCCACUCCAACUACAGCGUUUCCGAUCACAAACCCGUAACUGGAGAGUUCGAUAUCACGGUGAGACCUAACGUGAAAGACGACGUCGUGGAAUUUCAAGAUUGCACUAUGGCGGAACAUUUCAUAUCCUACAGGCUGCAGAAGGACUUUACGGCGGGCAACGCGGACUGGAUAGGUCUCUUCUCCAACGAGUUCUCCAGCUUGGACGACUACAUCGUCUACGAGUACGUCAGCCGCGGCAAGUCGACCUCAGUUCCCGGUGAGUCAGCCGCGAGCACCGAGCGGAUAUUCUUCAGCGACACGGCGCUUCGUCUGACGGAAACGUAUUGCUUGGUCUACGUGGCCCAACGCGGCGACCUAAUGGAGAUUUUAGGCUUGAGUCCGGCGUUUACGGGCCUUCGUGGACCAAUCGAGGUGAACGCCUCGUCUACGUAAACUUCUCUUGCCGGACAGAUCUCACUUAGAAGCUUGCGUGUGAACACCAAUCCUCGCGCCGCAAGGCGACACCUCGCCUAAUAUGCCCACGUUUCGAUUAGGACAUUUUUCUUCGUUGAUCUAAUUUCGUAUCACCGCCUUACCGACGACCACACGACUUUUCCUGAGAAAUUGUGAUAACGAUGUAGAGGCGGAAUCGUUCCGCCUGCGUAGACUCCUUUGAAUUAGCAGAAAUGUUUAAGCGAGUCAGGAAACAUGGCCUUUAAAUCGUAAGGUGCUUUCGACACGGUGUGUGUAGUUCGUAAAUCCAAAGCAUCGAAAUAUCGAUGCUUCCCUACGUACACUUGCUCUCGACAUGGUCUGAACACCUUUUUCUCGAUACAGCUUGAGAAUAUAUCAGAGAGAAUUUGUUUUUGAUUCAUUUCCGCAAGUUAAGUUCUCUCAUUGGACCGUCAGCCUAUUCUUAAUCACUCGACCGUUCCGAUCCGCAUCGAGAAGAAAGUGCUUAAACCGUGUUCGAGAGCAGGUAUAAUUGUUUAAACUGUUACUUUUGGUACCUGGUUUCGCGCGCUCCGAGCGCGUCGCGCGUAUUAAUUAUGCGCUUUAAGGGGAGAGCUUGCAGUGAGUGCACGCGCCACGUUUUCACGCACACUCGAGGUCUUCCUCGAUCAUCCAUUGACGCCCACGCUGUGUUCUUACGUAUAUAGUAAUAGACAAAGGCAAUUGUAUCGUUCGCUCUCCUCCCCUCCCCUCUUCGCCCGAUCCCCGAGCGUUAAUGGUUAAUCACGACGUUACGGGUGUACUCACAUAUCGCCGUUUAACAUCGCUUCUCAACAAGAUCACUCGUAGCGAUGAACCUAGGUUGUGGCAAGGCGGCACCUGCCGCCGCAUAAAUGUCCGUAAUAUUUUAUUUUUAUAGAGGCACCGAGACGACAGAGAAAGAGAGAGAGAGAGAGAGAGAGAGAGAGAGAGAGAGAGAGAGAGAGAGAGAGUGGUGCAAAGUGAAACGAACAAAAAUGUAUAAUGUGGGAAUAUGCAAAUAAAGGAUAUUAGUAUUUUUUA